AUGAAACCCAGGCUCCUGCCUGGACUGGGGCUCAGGACCUAUUUCGUUAAAGAGCAAAGGUCAAAGCCCCCAGUGCCGGACCCGCCUAAGAAAACGGAAGCAAAGAAGGCAGAGAAAUCCAGCGAGUCCGUGAUCUGCACCACUCGAGCGACGGUGAUGCUGUACGAUGACGCCAAUAAGAAAUGGGUUCCGGCCGGGACUGGCCCCCAGGUUUUCAGCCGCAUCCAGAUCUACCACAGCCCUGCCAACCACACUUUCCGGGUGGUGGGCCGCAAGAUGCAGCCCGACCAGCAGGUGGUCAUCAACAGUCCGAUUGUGAAAGGGCUGAAAUACAACCAGGCCACCCCCAACUUCCACCAGUGGCGAGACGCCCGCCAGGUCUGGGGCCUGAACUUUGGCUCCAAAGAGGAUGCCAGCCAGUUUGCGAGUGGGAUGAUGCAUGCCCUGGAGAUGCUGGAGUCAGGGAACGCAGCACCUCCGCGGCCGAUCCAGAACGGCCCCUCGGUAGACGAGAUGGUGGAGCAGCAGAAAAGGUACCCGACCCUCUGUGGGCCUCCCUCGCAGGGCUGGCUGCCUUUGGCUUCUUCUGGCCGAGGGCCUGCUUCAGCUUUGAUGAGGGACCAAAGGCCGCCCGGUGCCGGGGCGGCCACCGGACUGGCCGCGGCCAUUGCAGGAGCCAAGCUCAAGAAAGUUGGCAAGGAUGAGGGACCAAAGGCCGCCCCGAGCGGUGCCCCCCCACCCAGCGGGCCAGGUGGGGGAGGGCUCAUGGAGGAAAUGAGUGCCAUGCUAGCGCGACGGAGGAAAGUGGCAGAGAAGAGCGAGAAGCCUGGCCCAAAGAAGGAGGAAGGCCAGAUGCAGCAAGAUGACGGGGAAGCCACUGGUGCCAAAACCACAGACUCCUUCCGGAGGCCUUGGGAGAAGACCAGCACGACGCUACCCAGGAAAACUGUGACCCAGAGGAGCACGACACCCCCAGGCCCGGCCCGGCCUCAGGUUGGCCAGUUUAGGAUGAAAUCUGCCGGAGCCAUCGCGGGUGCAGAGCCCUCGAGCGGCGGAGGGGACGAGUCGGAGCUGGAACGGGUGAAACAGGAACUUCUUCAGGAGGUCCGGCGUGAACUGCAGAAGGUGAAGGAGGAGAUCAUCCAGGCAUUUGUUAUGGAGUUACGAAAGCGGGGGUCACCUUAGGACGCCCCCUCCCGCAGCCAGAUGCCACCCGGCGUCAGCAGAUGCUCUCCCAAUUGUGCAGAAACCAAUAAAAAAUAAGGAAAAAAAUGAAGAGCUAACACCCCCCCAUCACCUCCCUUUCCCCUUUGUGCACCAAACAGGAUCCACGCAUCCCGCCCGCUCCCCCCCCUCUGCUCCCCUGUCGGCUCCCAGGCCUCUGCACCCCCACCCCCGCUGUGCAAUUUCAGGGUGGGGGUGAGGGACAAUCUACCUUGGCCCCCAUCCCAGGAAGGGCAGGACCCCCCCACACCUGUGCCUUACCCGUAGCAAUAGCAGCACCCCCAACCUCCUCCCCUGUGACAAGAGGCUGUUCUCAUGGGGGGGGGUGUUAGGUCACGGGUCGUUUCCCUGGAGGAACUGGUUCCCCCGAUUCCCCCCCCCCAAAAAAUAAUCCCGAUACACUGUGCCAUUCCCAGAGAGGGGGAGACCCUCCAUUCCCUCCCGCCUCUUUUUCUCUUUGACCAGUCUUCUGUGUGCAAAUUUUUGUUUUUAUCCCCGGGAAGGGGGGCCUGGGGGCCGCCCAGCCAACGCUUGGGUUGCCUGAGGAAGGGGGUGGGGUGGGGGGCCCUGUCCUUUGUGGUGCCAAUUCCUGGCAUCAAGGACAAUCAUCCACACCAUCGAUCGGGAGAGGUUUCCUUUGGUGAAGCGGGAGGUGGGCAACACGGCUGGCCCCGAGGGUCAAAUCUGCCCUUUGUUCUUGGGGUGGGCAAAGCCCAUGGCCCCCCAAGCUGGGGUUCGAUGGCAGCUCCCAACCUUCCUCCCCCUGGACCCUGUGGCUUGGGGGAUGAUGGGAGCUGUUGUCCAUGGAAACCCAGACGGCUGCGUUUUGCCCAUCCCCGCAGUUCAGACACCUUUGUUGCGUCUUCCUUUGCUUCCCUCUCUCUGAUGGGGCCGGGGAGGCAACCAGCCGUUGCAGGAGAAAGCAUGUGUGGUGAGGAAAAGAGAUGCUAAAAGAGGCACCCCUGUUCCCCCCCCCAGCUGCAGAGGAGGAAGGGGGGCAGUUUGGGGGCCAUUCUAUGGCGGGACGUCCCCUCGCCUGGGCCAGACGUCUUGCUCCCUGCCAGCCACUACCACUACUGCCAUGCAUGCAUAGCCCCCCAACCAUGGAACUCUUUCCCACACCCACACCUGAAAAAAGGCCCUUUCAGCUGCUCCACACACUUCCCAAGACCCUCACCACCUCUUUCCAGACACACGGCUGUUUUCUCUUGGUUUUGUACCUUUUUUAAAAAAAAAAAUUGUACACGCAGAGAUGGGGUGGUUCUCAGAAUAUUUUCGGGGCACCCAGACUCUGCGUUCACCUCUCUGGGUAAUUUUUUUACAAAAUGUUUCCCACCCCUCUGCCUCCUUCAGGCUGUCGGAGGGCCAACGGGGCAGGUUCUUGGCUUUUCUACUGAGCUGUGAUUUUUUUGACUUUUUGUUGAGCUGGAUGGAAUAUUAUAUUUUGAUUUUUUUUAAUUAUUAAGAUUAUUAUUGUUGUUGUUACUGAUCUGCUGGGUAUUUCUGCCCAAUUUCUACUCCCCUUUUCCUUCCGACACACAGGCACCCACUUGCGCGCUCGCUCGCUCACCCGCAGAUGGGCACGAGGGUCUUAGCCACAUGCACCAGACUUCUCUAGGAAUAAAUCUUUUCCUUUUUUGUAA